AUGGACAAUAAAGUUCAAGGUAGUAAAAAAUGUUAUGGAAAGAAAUAUACCUUCGAUAAACUUCGUCAAAUGAAUAUUACUGGAGAUAAAUUAUUUCAAUGGCUUGCUCCAAUUGAUCUAAUUAAUGAUUAUGAAUUAUUUUUAACUGAAUAUGAAUCAAAAUAUGGAUUAAACGAAUACUGCAAUUGCUCAUCGGAAGCAUCGUUCGGAAUUUAUUGUCAAUAUCAAUUUGAUAUAUCUAAACAGUUAUCCAUAUUGUACUUUGAUAUCGUAAUCAAUAAGACAUUUUCUAAUAAAUAUAAACGACCAUUUCAAACAUUGAACAUCAAAGAAGAUCUAACAUGUUAUUCGCUAUUUAAUUGUACAAGUCUUACGGGUCUGUGUCUUGACUGGAGAGAAAUAUGCAAUGGAAGAUUCGACUGUACGAAUGGCCAAGAUGAAAUAAAUUGUUCGAAUAUUGAAUUCAAUGAAUGUGAUAUACAGAAUGAAUAUCGGUGUCGUAAUGGUAUGUGUAUACCAAAAAUAUUUUCGUUCGAUUUAACCAUAGAUUGUCUUGACUUCGAUGAUGAACAGGAGCAGCACGAUAAAAGUGCUUUAUGUUAUUAUCGUUCAUCAGUUGAUUGUGAAGAGCAUCAUUGUGGUCGAUUGGGAGGCGAUAGUUUCAGUUGCGGAGAUGGCUCUUGCUCAGACAGUCUGUCAUCGUGCAAUACAGAUCGAGAUGAUUUGCAACUUCGUCAAUUGUUUGCAUAUGACGAAGAUUUAUACGGAAAUAAUUUAACUUUACGUUGCUUUAAAUAUAUUUGGUGUAAAUUGGAAAUUCUUUGUUUGUUUCAAUCAUGUUCAGAACUUGGUCAACAAGAAUAUUGUAAUAAGCUUCCUAAAAACGAAUCGCUUCAAUGUAACCUAUUUGAUACGGAUAACAGUCAAAAAGGUUUCUUUUUUCCACCAACAUCGUUUAUUUUUUCAUUCGUUCGCUUAUAUGUCAAGAUAAGCUUUGAAUCUCAUUCUUUACAUCAAGGUAAUACUUUAGCUAUAUGUAUUGACAAGUCAAAGCUGUGUGAUAUGUCAAGGUAUCCCGUAUUAGAUACACAGAUCACAGGUAUAACAUUCACAUUUCAACAAUACAAUUGUGGUAGGUAUGAACGAUAUCGAAAUAACUAUCGUAUAAAGUUCAUUGCCCAAGAUCUAAAAGCACUUGUUGCUCGUUGUGCAUUUCCUGAUGCUUAUCGAGAACAUUUAUUAAUUUAUCGAAAUAAGUCGAGUUUUCUUUGUCAACACCAUUUUAGUAUUUCAUCUCAUCGCAUUAAUGAUGAUUUUGUUGAUUGUGUACCAUUUGGAAUGGUGCAUCAUGAUGAAGAAGUAUGGGACAUGUCUCGUUAUACAACAACGGAUAGGUAUAUUUGUACAGAUAUGAAUAUAACGAUUCCUCGUCGUUUGGUAGCCGAUGGUCAAUAUCAUUGUGACUUCGACGAACUCUUUCCUGUUGUUUGUACCAAUCAACUCGAUUGUCGAUUUUUACGCGAUUUUAACUUUUCUCUAAAUAUACCUUUGGUUGAAUUUCCUGCGUUAUGUGAUGGAUAUACAGCAUAUCAAAUGAAUAAUAUUAAUGAUACAGAUGAAACAGAUUGUGAGGAUUGGCCAUGUUUAAGUCGUGCUACACGAUGUGAUGGUACUUGGAAUAGACCCAAUGGAUGUGAUGAAUUGGAUUGUCCACUAUCACUACCUUCGGCUUACAUUGCUCAACGAGUGGGUAACUGUUCGAAAGAUGAACACUAUUGUCUUCAGUACAAUAGUAGCUCUAUCAAAUGUUUAUCAGUAACGAAAGCCAAUGAUCAUAUUAUUGACUGUCUUUUUGCUUCGGAUGAAAGAUGGUGGAAAGGAAAACGGUUUUAUAAUGGUGACUCCGAUAAGCCACCAUCUUCUGUAGGCCUUCGAUUACCUUGUACAGCUACUAAACCUACGAUACCCAUUCUUUCGGAACAAAUUUGCAACUGUAAGAAUGAUUGUGGUACAGGAGCAGAUGAUGAAUUAGUUUGUCCUUGGCAGUACCGUCGACAUUGUUCAUCAUUUCAUCUUAAUACUUUCACCUGUAAGAAUGGUACUCAGUUAUCUAUUACAGAUCGAUGUAAUCAACAUAUUGACUGUGUCGAAGGAGAAGAUGAGUGGGGAUGUGAUUUUAAAAAUAUAAUAUAUCCCGCUCAAGUAAAAACAUUCUCUCCUAGUGAACAAUCAUUUUCAUCAAUAUCACGAGUUCCCAUGAAACGACAAGCGACCAAUUCUAUCAAUGACAAUGCUUUAUUCCAUUGUCAUCGAGGUAUUCUAAUUCGUGAACAAACUAAUCUUAAUUAUUGUCUUUGUCCUCCAAGUUAUUUUGGAAAUCGUUGUGAAUGGCAAAGUGAACGAAUAACACUUUCGUUUGAUAGUGAAAUUUUGAGAUCAGCAGUUGAUUUGAAUGUUAUGUAUCGAUUAGUUUUUUACUUGGUUAACGAAUAUGAACGACGAGUACUGGAUUUUGAAACAUUACUCUACGCUCCAUUUAUUCAUUCACCUUUUAAACAUAUUCUUUACUUAAGAUAUCCACGAGAAUAUCUCCUUCGAUCACCUCAACAUCGACAAAUUGAACAGAUUUCAGUGUACAUCGAUGCUUACAUUGUCACACGUACAUCAGUAUAUUAUUCAAUUUCUUGGUACUUUCCAGUGCUAUUUCCUUUUUUACCUGCUAAUCGUCUUGCGUUUCGUCUCGUUUUUCAAGAACCUCGUGACAUAAACCGAAUUAAAUGUUCUCAACUUGACUGUAAGAAUGGCGGUCUUUGUCAAACUUAUAUUAAUACUGAUGAAAUAUUCUGUCGUUGUCCUUUUAAUUGGUCUGGUUUGACUUGUGAAGAACAAGCAAAACAUGAAAAUCUUUCAUGUCACACACAUGCACAACUUGCAAACUAUUUAAAUCAUACCUUUUGUCUUUGUCCGUUAGGUCGCACAGGACGAAAUUGUCAUGUCAAAUAUGACACUUGCCCAGGUGUCUAUUGUUACAACAAUGGUACGUGUAUUCCAGGUGAUGAUCGAACAAAGGAAUAUAUCUGUCAAUGUUCAAGAGAAUAUUUUGGUAAUCAUUGCCAAUAUCGUAAUGCUCUUCUUCAUUUAUACAUAUCGGAACGAAUAAAGUUUGCACCAAUUUUAAACAUUCUUAUGCUUCAUUUACCAUCCAAUGCUAAAAGCUAUCUUUUGUAUCGUAAUGCAUUUCUUUAUAGAAAUGUUCAACCAGAUACACAUUUCACUAUAAGUGAAGAACAUCAACGUUUUUUAUCUAUGUUUAUAUUUGCUCAAAUAAUUGAUAGUCAUGAAUCAUUUUAUGGAACUUAUUAUUUAUUACAUUUCACAAAUAUAGCAAAUUUAACUGAAUCUAGUAUAUCUAUUACACCGGAGAAACGAUGUUAUCAUGUAAGUGAAUAUCUUAAUAAACAAAUAAUAGAUUUACCUUGGUUGAAAAGAGUAAAACUUUAUCAUAAAUAUUUCAAAGAUGUUCAAUGUUUUUAUGAUGAAUUUUACAUGUGUUUUAUUGAUAAACAACAAUUACCGGAAUGUUUUCAUUUUAAUCAUGCUCAUAGUAAUUGUACAUCUGAUCGUCAAUAUUGUGAAAAUAAUGGAAGAUGUUUUCGACAUAAACAUCAAUACACUGGUGAACUUACAUUUGCUUGUAUAUGUCCAAAAUGUUUUUCUGGUUCAUUUUGUCAAUUGAAUAUGCAUCAAUUCUCAUUUACAUUUGAUUCAUUACUUGGAGAAACUAUUAUUACUGGCAAUCACAUCAGUGAUCAACCGUUACUUAUCAAAUUUUCUCUAAGUUUUAUUUCAAUUAUUUGUGCUAUUGGAUUUAUUUCAAAUCUCGCAUCUUUUCUCACAUUUAUACAACGUGAAUUACAUCGAAUAGGUACUGUAUAUUAUCUUCUUAUUCUAUCAAUCCUUUCACAAAUAACUCUUUUUGUUUUUCUAUUUCGUUUUCUUUAUUCAUUUAUCAAUUUAACAUCAUUGAUUGGUGAUUAUAAACUUCUUUCAAUUGCUUGUUCAUUAUUUGAUUUUUUACUUUCACUUCUUGUUUCUACAUGUGAUUGGUUAACAGCAUGUUUAACAUGUGAACGAACAAUAAGUGUUAUUCAAGGUAUUAAAUUUAAUCAACAACGUAGUAUUCGUCUUGUUAAAAUAAUUAGUCCAUCGAUUUUUCUUAUUCUUACUUUAACAUCAAUUCAUCAAUUAUUUUCUCGUCAUCUUAUUACCGAUCCUCGUAAUGAUGCUCGACAAUGGUGUAUAGUUAAAUAUCCAUAUCAAUGGCUUCAAACAUAUGAUAUUAUUAUUAAAUUUAUACAUUCUACAAUUCCAUUUUUGAUCAAUCUUAUAUCUGCAAUAGUUUUAUUUGUUAUAUGUGCUCGUAAAAAACAACGAAUAAAUAAUAAAGAGAAAUAUUCAACUAUAUUUAUUAAACAAGUUCGUCAACAUAAACAUCUUCUUUUUAGUCCACUCAUUACUGUUGCUUUCAAGUUACCACUUCUUAUAGUUCAAAUUUCAUUCAAAUGUAUUAGUGACAACCAACAAUUACACGUAUCUCUUAUCGCUUAUUUUAUUUCAAAUAUUCCACUUGCAAUGACAUUCAUCGUUUUCGUUUGGGUUUCACCAUCGUAUUAUAAAGUUUUUGUGAGCAAACUAAUAAGACGAUUCAUUUGA